AUGGCUUCGAGAUUUAGUGGUGCACUGCAGUUGACGGAUUUGGAUGAUUUCAUAACUCCAUCACAAGAAUGCAUCAAACCAGUGAAAAUUGAAAAAGUCAAAAGCAAAACUGGAGCAAAAAUUAAAAUUGGUGAGGAUGGAUACUUUGACUUGUCAGGUGGCAAAGAGCAAAAGUUGCAAAAGGUUGAAAUCACCCUGGCUGACUGCCUGGCCUGUAGUGGUUGCAUCACAUCAGCAGAGAGUGUGCUAGUUACCAAACAAAGCCAAGAAGAAUUACUAAGAGUGCUGUCAGAAAGAAAAUAUACCGAUUCAAAAGGUGUUAAAAGGGAUGUCAACUUGGUAGUGAUGUCAAUAUCGCCUCAACCAAUCUUAUCACUUGCAGCUAGGUAUAAACUCAAUGUACAAGAGGCCACUAAUAAGUUAACAGGAUAUUUUAAAAAGCUGGGAGUUGAUUUAGUUUUAGACAUGAGAAUCGCAGAAGACUUUGCAAUAUUGGAAGCACAACAGGAGUUUCUCGAGAGAUACCAUAACCAACAGAAUGAUCCUGCCGGCAAAUAUUUGCCAAUGCUGGCCAGCUCUUGUCCAGGUUGGGUGUGUUACGCGGAAAAGACACAUGGCAGUUUUAUUCUACCAUACAUUUCUAGCACCAAGUCUCCGCAGCAAAUACAGGGGUCCUUAGUGAAGCAAUUUCUAGCAGCAAAAAGAGAACUAUUACCAUCUUCUGUGUAUCACGUGACGCUUAUGCCAUGCUACGAUAAGAAGCUGGAGGCGUCCCGAGAAGACUUCUACAGUGAAAUUCUUAGUUGUCAGGAUGUUGACUGUGUUAUAACGGCAAUUGAAUUGGAACAAAUGCUGUCGAACGAAGAAAAGUCCCUCGCGGAUCUAGAAUGCGCCAAUCUGGACUGGCCUUGGGAAGCGAGUGACGAGAGUGGAGUAUGGGGACACGCCGGGUCUGGGUCUGGCGGUUACAGUGAUGGGGUCUUUAUGCAUGCAGCUGAACAGCUUUUUGGCGUUACCAAUCCAUCAAUGGAAUAUAAAAACUUAAGGAACCCAGACUUCCGAGUGGUGUCGUUAGAUAAAGAUGGAAAGGAAGUGCUUAAAUUUGCCAUUGCCAAUGGCUUCCGGAACAUUCAAAACCUGGUCCAAAAGCUCAAGCGUGGCAAGUCGCCUUACCAUUACGUAGAAGUUAUGGCUUGUCCUUCAGGAUGCCUGAACGGCGGUGCACAAGUCCGCCCCCCGCAAGGCGAAAGCACAAGAGACUUGGUAACGCACCUGAACUCUUUAUAUCGCAGUCUGCCUCAGAGCGAGGCAAGCGAGAACUCGCUGGUCAGCCGGCUGUACACUGAGUGGCUCUCGGGACGACAUUCGGACAAGGCUCGGGCGUUGUUACACACACAAUACCAUGCAUUGGAGAAGAGCGACGUUGCACUUAAUAUGAAAUGGUGA